AUGGAUGGCAAGGUCUUUAUCCUCCUGGUUGCAUUGGCUGCAACGGUUAACUUUGAUGGCUGCGAAGGCAAAGGCGUCCGCCAGGUGCUGCCGUAUGUAGAGAUGUGUCACUACCCGUCUAACCUGGCCUGUACCAACGGUUACGGCUGUAUCAAGAACACGGACCGCUGUAACGGAGUCUUCGACUGUCCGGACCACUCUGAUGAAGCCAACUGUGAACCAUUCUGGGCACAAGAAAUUGCGAAGGGAAGACCAGCACCACGGAUGGUUGUCCAGCCUGUUAAGGUUGCACAGCCGGUCAUGGUUGCCCAGCCCGUCAAGGUUGCCCAGCAAUACGUCACGGUUCAGGAGCCAACCAAGCAGGAGGCGCCUGCAGAGCCUGCUCCGUUUGAGGAACCUCCUAAACAACCCGUGAUGUUCGUACAGCCUCAGAUGGUGGUACAGAAGCCUCAGCAAAUUGUGAUAACCUGUUUCUGCUAUGGCCACUCCAACAAGUGCGCUGCCCAGGGCGUUUGCGCUGACUGCCAGCACAACACGGCCGGCGCACGCUGUGACCAGUGCAAGCCCGGCUACACCGGCAUGGCCACCCGGGGCACCCCGUACGACUGUCAGCCCAUCCGCUACGUGCAGGUGAUGCAGGUGGUUCAGAAACCGGUGCAGCAGGUGAUGCAGGUGGUGCAGAAACCGGUGCAGCAGGUGAUGCAGGUGGUGCAGAAACCAGUGCAGCAGGUGAUGCAGGUGGUGCAGAAACCGGUGCAGCAGGUGGUCAUGCAACCAGUGCAGGUGAAGCAACCAGCUGCAGUGAGGUUGCAACCCGUCGCCAUGCACGUUAAGCAACCAAUGAGGGUGCAGCAAGUCGUGAUGCGUCAUGGGAAGAAAGGCUAAACUCAACCGUGACGUCAUUCACGUGACGGGCAUUCAGAUGACGUCAUCGGU